GUGACAGCGGGGGCGCAUCGGCUGUGGACGCACAGAGCAUACAAGGCAAAAAUGCCCCUACAGAUUAUCCUAAUGCUCAUGAACACUCUGGCAUUCCAGAACACAGCCAUCGACUGGAUACGAGAUCAUCGGAUGCACCAUAGAUAUAGCGACACAGACGCAGAUCCUCAUAAUGCUACUCGUGGGUUUUUCUACUCCCACGUAGGCUGGCUGCUUGUAAAGAAGCAUGAAGAGGUAAAGAAGCGUGGCAAGUUUAUUGAUAUGAGCGACAUCUAUGCAAAUCCUGUACUGAUGUUUCAAAAGAAGUACGCCAUACCAUUUAUUGGUUCUGUCUGCUUUUUGCUCCCAACUUUAGUACCGGUCUACUAUUGGGGUGAGAGCUUGAAUAUCGCCUGGCACAUAUGCCUCUUCAGAUAUAUCUUCAAUCUGAACACAACCUUUCUAGUUAACAGCGCAGCUCAUCUCUGGGGAUACAAACCUUAUGAGAAAGGUAUAAAACCCGUCCAGAACAAAGUAGUCACCUUCAUGGUCUUCGGAGAAGGGUUCCAUAACUACAUAUACCCUUGGGACUACCGCACAGCCGAGCUUGGGAACAACCGAAUGAAUUUUACAACGUUAUUUAUAGACCUCUUCGCGAAGAUAGGAUGGGCGUAUGAUUUGAAGUCUGUGCCUGAAGGGAUAAUAGAAGCACGAGCGAGAAGAACUGGUGACGGUAGUGAUUUGUGGGGGAAAAUUAAGGCAGUUUAAAAAUAAUUUAGUUCUCCAUUCGGAAUACUCUAGACGCGUUUAUUGAUAUAAUCCAGGGUAUAUAUUAUAAUUAAUACUAUAA